UCUCACUCUCAAACCAUCUUUGCUUGCUCUGCUUGGUCCUGGCAGUAAGGACCCUGGUGGUGGGUAGAGAGAAAGCUGGUUUUCACUGGGUAAUCUCUGUGCCAGGUCCAGGAAGAAGGGAGGGGUCCAAACAAUUCUCAUCGAGAAAACUCCCCGAAAAACACUUCAGCAAUGGCGGAAGCCCACCAGGCAGUGGCAUUCCAGUUCACCAUAACGCCAGAGGGCAUCGACCUGCAGCUGUCCUAUCAGGCCCUGAACCAGAUCUACCUGUCCGGAGUACGAUCGUGGAAGAAACGCGUCAGCCGCAUGAGGAACAGGGUGAUUAAGGGAGUAUACCCUGCCAGCCCUUCCUCCUGGCUCUUUGUCGUCAUAGGGAUCCUGGCUACCAUGUACAUGCACUCGGAUCCCAGCAUGGGACUCAUCGCCAAGAUACGGCAGCACCUGCCGCUGAGUCUCCACGUCUCCCUCAGUUCCCAGGGUCAGACUAUGGUGUCAGCGCUGGUCUUCAGCACCCUGCUGUGGCUCUCCAUCAUCCUCGCUCUCAGAUUCUGCCUGAAACUGUUGCUUUCCUACCACCAGUGGAUGUUCGAGCAGCACGGCCGAGUUUCCAACACUACGAAAGUCUGGGUGACUCUGAUAAGGUUAUUAUCAAGCAGGAAGCCUCUGCUGUACAGCUAUCAGACCUCUCUACCUCAUCUGCCUGUUCCUGCCAUCAAAGACACCCUGAGCAGGUACCUGGAGUCAGUGCGCCCUCUGUUGACUGAUCCAGAGUUUAAGCGGAUGACUGAGCUGGCCAAUCAGUUUGAAUCUAGCCUGGGAAACCGUCUCCAACGCUACUUGAAACUUAAAGCUCUGUGGGCCACGAACUAUGUGAGCGACUGGUGGGAGGAAUAUAUCUACCUGAGAGGCCGAAGUCCCAUCAUGGUCAACAGUAACUACUAUGGCAUGGACUUUCUGUAUGUGACCCCGACCCCAGUGCAGGCUGCAAGAGCGGGUAACACCAUUACUGCUCUGCUGCUCUACCGCCGUAAGGUGAACCGGGAGGAACUCAAACCGAGUCGUGUUCCAGGCACUGUCAUCCCUCUGUGUGCUGCUCAGUGUGAGAGGAUGUUCAACACAACACGCACUCCAGGAGGCGAGACUGAUGUGCUGCAGCACUGGCAGGACAGUGAGUUUGUGGCAGUGUACCACAAGGGCCGCUAUUUCCGCCUGUGGGUGUACCGGGCAGGCCGACUGCUUUCUCCCAGGGAGAUCGAGUACCAGGUCCAGAGGAUCCUGGAUGACCCCUCACCCCCGCUACCUGGAGAGGACAAACUGGGGGCUCUCACUGCUGGGGACAGGAUUCCCUGGUCUCAAACGAGGAAUCAGUACUUCAGCUCAGGUGUCAACAAGCGAUCUCUGGAUGCCAUCGAGAGGGCAGCCUUCUUUGUAACGUUGGACGAUGAAGAGCAAGGCAUGAGGGGUGAGGACCCAGCGGGGAAUUUGGACCGCUAUGCAAAGUCCCUGCUCCAUGGGAAAUGUUAUGACAGGUGGUUUGACAAAUCGUUCUCCAUUGUUAUCUACAAGAACGGGAAGAAUGGACUGAAUGCGGAGCAUUCCUGGGCUGAUGCACCGACUGUGGCUCACCUUUGGGAGUACACACUGGCCACAGAUGCAUUCCAGCUUGGAUACACUGAGGACGGACACUGUAAAGGCGAGGUGGACCUCUCACUACCCCACCCUCAGAGGCUUCUCUGGGACAUCCCCUCAGAGGUUCAGGCUCAGGUGAGCAGCUCCCUGGCUGUUGCGCAGGCGCUGGCGGACGACGUGGACUGCCAUGUGUUCCCCUUCAGGGAGUUCGGAAAGGGACGGAUCAAGAAGCUUCGCAUCAGCCCGGAUGCGUUCAUACAGAUCGGCUUACAGCUCGCAUACUACAGGGACCGUGGUGGUUUCUGUCUGACCUACGAGGCAUCAAUGACCCGUCUGUUCAGGGAAGGCAGGACAGAGACUGUGCGAUCCUGCUCUUCCGAGAGCUGUGCCUUUGUCAAAGCCCUAGAGGGUGGAGAGGCAGAGGAACAAUGUAGGCGUCUUUUCCGAAAGGCUUCCGAGAAACACCAGAACCUGUAUCGAAUGGCUAUGACCGGAGCUGGAAUUGACAGACACCUCUUCUGCCUGUACGUGGUGUCCAAAUACCUGGGAGUGGAGUCACCAUUCCUGAAAGAGGUUUUGUCUGAGCCUUGGCGUCUCUCCACCAGUCAGACCCCAGUUCAGCAGAUGGAGCUCUUUGACCUGAAGAACCACCCUGAUUACAUAUCGCUGGGCGGAGGGUUCGGACCUGUUGCUGAUGAUGGUUAUGGGGUUUCAUAUAUCAUUGUGGGUGAGGAUAUGAUAAACUUCCACGUGUCAUCCAAAUACUCCUGCGGUGAGACUGAUUCCCACAGGUUUGGAGCUCAGAUAAGUAAAGCUCUCCAAGACAUGAUGACUCUCCUUACUCCUGACACCAAAACCUCACCGUCCUGCAAAGGCUCGGCUGCCCAGCCUCAGCCUAAGAAGCUUGUCUGAAUACAGAGACGUCUGACGCUGAGUGUAGAAAUCGUGUAUGUAGAUCCUCAAUGCUAAAGGCACAAACCGUUUUAUGACAGACUUGGGACAUAAAUUAGCAUUUGUUAAACUGGCAAAAGUGAAUUUAAUGAUAAGAUAAAAGGGAGAUAUGAGUCCAAUUCAAGAGGUCAGGUGCUUUUUGUUUACUACACUGAAGACACCAUGAGAUUUUUGAGCCCUGUUUUUCAACUUUUUUUUUUUUUUUUUUUUUUUUUUUUUUG